AUGGCAGCCUCAUCGCCUACUCCGAUGGAGGAUAUCAUCCGUCGAAAGAUUACCGAGACAUUAAACCCAAUUGCCUUGCAAAUCUAUAAUGAUUCUCAUAAGCAUGCCCACCAUGCUCCCAUGCAGGGCGUUACGUCUAAAGAAACCCAUUUCAGACUAGAGAUCGUCUCGGAGGCUUUCGAGAAACAGACUCAAAUGGCCCGCCACAGAAGCAUAUAUGCUCUUCUGAAGGACGAGAUGAACGAAGAAGGGGGUAUUCACGCUCUUCAGCUGAAGACAAGGACACCCAAGGAAGCAGGCGAGCAAGAAGCUUAUAAACUCGCAAAAGCAGACGAGAAGGCCCAGAAAGAACAACGGAGGAGAUCUCUAGAAUCCUAA